AAACAUUACUGUCCAUCAACUAGAUUCCCAUGGCAAUGGCAGUCCAAAUCAUCUCAGACUUGCAUUUGGAAGCUCCAAAGGCCUACGAUAUCUUCGACAUCAUACCAAAGGCACCGUACCUAGCACUCCUUGGCGACAUCGGCAACGUCGCGUCACACAAGGACGAUUGCCUUGCCUUUCUGACUCGACAGCUCAAUCAAUUCAGAGUUGUGUUUUUUGUCUCCGGAAAUCAUGAAGUUUACCACUCUAACUGGCCGGAAACAUUGGAAAUUCUUCAUACCUUCGAAAGAGACGUUCGCAACAACGCAACGCUCGGUGACUUCAUCCUGCUUGAUCGCACAGUCUAUCGCAUGCCAGACACCAAUAUCGUCAUCCUUGGGUGCAGUCUGUUCUCUUCCAUCUCCGCUAGCAAUUCAAAAUCAGUCAGUGUUGGGCUCAUUGAUUUCUUCGUGACGGAUGGCUGGGAUGUCGACUCGCAUAACGAAGCGCAUAAGCGGGACAUUGCAUGGCUCAACACACAGGUUGCGGAACUUGAGCAUUCUGACGUGCGUAUCAUGAUAUUCACACAUUGGAGUCCAUCAAUAGAUGCACGUGCAGUUGAUCCAAGGCACGCUACUAGUCCGAUUACGAGCGCUUUCUCAACCGACCUGUCUGAGGAGGAAUGCUUCCAGAAUGAGAAGGUUAAAAUAUGGGCAUUUGGGCAUACGCACUAUAACUGUGACUUUGUGGUCGAGCGAAAAGAGGGCAUCGAAUCGCUGAGGCUAGUCACAAACCAAAGGGGUUAUUACUUUGAUCAAUCUGUCGGAUAUGAUGGAGAAAAGAUAGUCGAAUUAAACGAUAGUGUCUGA